AAUUAUCAGAUAAAGUACAAUAAAUUUUUUCGCGACAUUUUUUUUUUUUAACAGACUUAGAAUGCUAUAUAUACAGACUUAGAAUGCUAUAUAUAUUCAAAUUGUAUCCAUAUUCUGCGAGUCGAAAUUGCGAACCGAACCCGAAAUUGCGAACCAAUGUCUAAUAAAGUACAAUCGGAAAAAGUCAAACCUAAUGGAACAUCAUAUUCUUCUACACAGGAUUCAAGUUCUAUAGGACCAUCAUGUUCAGUUGCGGAUAGUACUUCUGCAACAAUGGCUGCUCUCACUUCAGAACAAAGCAAAACUUCAACGAAUAAUUCAUCAUCAUCACGCAAAAAAGCUUUUAUCAAAUUUGUUAAAGAUCCACAAACCAUUACCGAAGAUUUAAUAAGAAAACGUGCAAAGAAUACUGAGGCAGCAAGAAGAAGUAGACAGCGUAGAGUUGAGAAAAUGGAAAGUCUUGAAAAACAAGUUGCUGAAUUAACUAUUGAAAAUACUGAAUUGAAAACUCGUCUAACCGUAUUAGAAAUUGAAAAAAAAAGUUUAGAAGAAAAAAAUUUAGAUAAAGAUAGUAUGAUUAAAAUAUUAGAACGUCAAUUGACUGAAGCUUAUCAAGGAAUUAUAAAAAAAUCUUAAACAGAUUUCAAUUGUAUAAUUUGUAAACAGGAACAACAUUCUCCAGGAUAAUUUUGAUCAAAACAUUGUAUAAUAAUAAUUUUGAAGCUUAAAUUGAUGAAGUUUGUCAAACUUGUAAUUAUUAAUAUCAAAUAAAUAAUCCUUUUG